AUGGAGUUCAGGGCUUUGCUCCCGCUGACCCUCCUCUUGUUUGUGGAGCCUGGGUUCGGACAGAGAGGCGAUGCGGAUAUUGAUGGAGUGGAAUUGAUAAAGUUCUUGAAUGAGAAACUGAAACUUGUGGAAAGACUACAGAAUGCCGUGGACGCUCUGGAGGUUACUGGCUUGAAAUCGAGGCUGAUUUCCACAGAGGAAGAGAUUGAUAAGCUGAAGCAGAACAGUGCUAUAGGUGCCCCUCGGAUUGCGUUCUCGGCCUCUUUGGCAAACUUUGGGGAGAUUUACAAAGGACCCUGCACAGACAAGGUCCUGAUUUACAAAAGAGUCUUUUCAAACACUGGAGAUGGUUAUGACCAAAGUACAGGAAUCUUCACCGCACCUGUAGGCGGUCUCUACUUCUUCAGCUUCAGCACCUACGGCUACAACACUCACGCCAUGGGGGCCCUGUUGAUGAAGAACGGCGUCAGCCAGAUUUCCACCUACGACGGCCCAACAUCUGACGGCUCGGACAGCAGCAGCAACGCUGUCGCUCUGCAGCUGGCCGCCGGUGAUGUGGUGCACAUGCAACUGUGGGAUAACGGCAGAGUGUAUGACAACCUGAAUGGACACACAACCUUCAGUGGUUUUCUUGUCUUCCCGGUGUAA